CGUGUAGCCCUUCCUCAAACCGAGUGUCUCCCAGCUUCCUCAGCGCGAGCUACAUCUGUUCUUCAUGGCCUUGUCAAUCUCCUUGAUCAGUUUCUGCUGUGUUGAAGGAGAACCUUCUCGUUUUCUCCAUUGCAUAAGAUCUCUUAAAAUCCCCCUACCACAAACCAAAGAGCACCUCUCUUGUAACUAGAGCUGGGGUUGCAAGUCCAUCCGCCGACCCGGUCAUUUUUUCUUGAUUUAAAAUUUUGAUUUUCAUAACACUCGAAGAAAAAUCAUGUCCAGAUUUGCAAGCAGCGGAACCCGCAGAUAAUAUAAUUUUUAAUAAAAUCAUUAUUGUUAUAAAAAAUAAUAUAAUAAUAUAUUUAUAAUGAAAAUUAUAUAAUUUUUACUGUCUUUUUUUUACAAUUUUUUGGUAGAUACUGUAAAUCAAAUUCAACCAUCCGUCCAUUUAAAUUAGACUCGAUCUGCAUCCGUAUGCUAAAUCUUUUGAAUUUUCUGACCUUGCACCCGCCACGCAACAGAUCAAACGGGAACCGCAAAUAAACAUUUAAAUCUCAGUUUUACUUUUUUUUGCCAUCUACUAAUAUUAUUAUUAAAGCAACUAAAACUCGAAAAAGAAACUACAUAGAAUCCAAAGAAAGACAAGCAAAGGAACAAACAUUUGGGAGUCAAGCCCAUCAGUCCACCCGACAUGGAUCACAAUUACUACACCUAAAAACCCAAAACUCUAAAAACCUAAACCCAUGAGACGCUCUGUGCAUCACGUGUCGAAAUAAGAACAUGGCUUGACCACGCGUUGAAACCUCAAUUGCGAGGAAACACACGUUACCCUACUCUUCACACGUCAUCGUUGUUUCGAGAAACCACCUCCGGAUACACUCACCGACGUUUUACCGCGAAUCACCGGAGACGGAAUCACAUCGUGCCUCCCUUCAACACCAAACCAUCCUUCCACGGAAAGCAUCGACCAGUCGCGAUCUCAUCCGAGAAACACCAAUACACCCACCAUGCUUGUGCUGACAGAUCUCCGUCCAUCGAAAAGCUUCAAAUCGACCUGGGAGAAACAGAGCCACCGACAAUGCGAAGUUUUAGAAACCUUCACUCCCGGAACUAAAAGCCGGCGACCACCGCCGAAAAAGACGGCACGGCCCCAUAGACAAAGCCAGUCAUCCACCAAACAAAAGGUGUGAUACCGGAACCCAAAAAAACCAGACAUGCACCUUUAAGGAGCCAACUAUGCUGGAAAGACCAAAGAAACAAAGAACACCAGAGAACAGACCAGCAAAAAUUGAUAACCACGAUGCAAAAGCCACCGGCCACCGUAAACAACCAAUUUCUAAAACCUCUUUUUAGUGAGAAGUUAGAGUUUUCUCUCUCUUUUUUUAUCCCAACUCUACUUAUAACACCGAUUAGAGCACUCUCAUACUAAAUUCUCAACAAAACAUUAAACAAGAAAUAUAAUAUUUUGGGGGUUCUCAAAAUUUUGAGCCAAGCAUCUCCAAACAUGCCUUGAACAACAUUAUCAAUGAGAAUUCCAAGAGUUUCUUAAACAAAAAAUAUAUUAAUAUUUUAGUAAAUUGUAAUUAAAUAAAAUAUAAAUUUUGUUAAUCUAUAGUUUUUAAGUGUCAUAUGGGUUCUAAUAGGUUUGUAAAAAAUUAUCAUAUGAAAACUCUAUUUUACAUAAGGACUCGUUGAUAGAGAUGCUCUUAUGUUGGUUUAUGAUUUUUUUUUUUAGCUCAACUUCAAUUUUCAUUAACCAACAAUUGAAAUACAAUGAAUUUAACCUCGAGAUGAUUCAACCACAAGGAUAAGAUGCGAUCUAGUAUCACUUAGGUACACUUCAUUGGAUCCUACGCUACCCAACUGAACAUCCUUGUACCCUUUCGACCACUACGAGAACAAAAACAUUCUACGACCAUAUGUUGGUUUAUGAUUACAAGACAAAAAGCGUCAUAAACCCAAAAAAAAAACAACUGGAAUAAAAUGUGUUUACAAAUUACAAAGAUUAAAAAUCUUAAAUUUCAUAAGCCCAAAAGCCCAUUAGAAAAAUGAAUUAAGCUUUCCCGACACACUCGACUUGAGGAGGAGCUAGAAGACGGAUCAUCUCUGACCUCUGUGAUUUGAAGUUUCAAAGCUUCUAUCUAGUCAAGGGUUUGGGUAAGGACUGUUCAUCUUUCCUUUCUAGUGUUACUCAAGAUUAUGAGAAUGGCAAAUAAACAUUUCUUUCAGCCUCUUCUUCCUGGCUUCCACACCCACUUGAAAAUUCCUGUAGCUUUCUUCUCCAAGCAUAUGGAAGGAAGAAACGAUCAUAAAAAUACGGCGAAGCUGAGAUCAGAGGCGUCGGAGAUGACCUGGAAAGUGAAUAUAGAAGAUGGCCGGAGACUCACUGAAGGUUGGAAAGAGUUUGCUCUUGCACAUGAUCUACGAGUUGGUGACAUUGUCAUUUUCAGACAAGAGAGAGACAUGUCUUUCCACGUGACACUGCUCGGACCCAGUUGUUGUGAGAUACAAUAUGGAUCGUGUAUAGACCAAGAUAACAACCUCGAGAAAAUUCAAAAGAAGAACCCAAAAAGAGAAAAAGCAGAGUCCUCUUGUUUUGUGGCUAAUGUCACGCCUUCGAACCUUCGAUAUGACAGACUGGAAAGCGAUGAAGAUAGCAACCACAUAAGCUCACAGGAACGUAUAGAAAGAGAAGAUAAAAAGGGUGGAUUUGUGACAUUGACUGUCAAGCCUUCGGACUUCAAAAACUCUAGACUGUAUCUUCCCAUGGCUUUCACGAAGGACAAUGGUAUCAAUGCGGAAACUAAAUUGGCUCUGCUGGAUAAAAACGGUGUGAAGUGGUCUACAGAUCUGAGGUCUGAGUGCAAUGGUAAAAGAAUAAGAAUGAUAGGAGGCUGGAAAAAGUUCUUCAAAGCUAACUUUUUGAAGAUAGGUGAACCGAUCAUGUUCAAGCUGAUUUGGGAUGGAAACACGAGUUGUGUGCUUAAGUUAUGCUCCUAGGUGAAAAGUUAGCAACUAAAUGAAAUUGUAUAUGAGUUUAAUGUGUUUGUCUUUUGUUUAAGUGCCAAAGACAUUAAUCAAUGAUUGGCCUUACUAGUAAGGUUCCGUUGCACUAUUGUAGUAUAUUAAGUACAUGUUUCCCGUGGGAAACCUUGGGCCAUUACGGUGUGAAAUAUAUGAAUGUUAUGUGACUAA